AUGCGCAUUGCGGUCACUUCCUUUGCGCUUGUGCGCCAGUUUGCAUCGGUUGCUGUAGUAGGAAAUUUAACAGUUUAUCGAGACGCCAUGGAAUUACCUCAUUCUCACGACGGAAAAAAACAUGUGCCGGUUCCAACUGGGAGGUAUGUCGUUGGCUGCACUGAUCUCAUGAUCGGACCUAGCCAAGAAGAUGGUUGCUUUCUUCGAAUUUACUACCCUAGUCAACUAAAAGAUACCCAUGAAAAUUCCUCCCGUUGGGCAAGCUGGCUCCCUCACCAAAAGUACGUAGAAGGCUACACCACAGUGCUAGGCAUCAUGCCCUUUUUUGGCAAGAAGCUGAUAUCGUGGGCCUUUGGAAAUUCAUACAUCCCUGUGGUGGUAGAUGCAGAGCCAUGUACUGAACAAAGAUUUCCUGUGAUUGUCUUUUCCCAUGGUCUUACUGCGUGCCGAACGGCCUAUUCUCUUUUCUGCUCAGAUAUUUCUUCCCAUGGGUUUAUAGUGGCGGCCAUUGAGCACAGGGACGGAUCCGCGUGCAUGACUUAUACCCUUGAAAAAGAACCAAACGCCAAAGGAGGUCUAGUCGAAAAAUGGAUUCCGUACAAGCCGAUGCAAUUCGAAAAGGAUGAUAUGCCCUUACGACAAGAACAGUUGCAAAUUCGUACCCGAGAAUGUAGUCAAACUCUUGAUUUGCUUUUCAAACUGGACGAAGGAGUUGAACUGGAACAUAUUUUGCACUCUCCAAUGAAUCUCGGAGCAUUCAAGGGUGUAAUGGAUCUGAGCACGCCUGUGAUAGCAGGGCAUUCAUUCGGUUCUGCAACCCUUUUACGUACGUUGGCCGCCGAUAAACGCUUCAAAAUUGGACUAGCCAUGGACGCGUGGAUGUGGCCACUCAAAGACGAAAUCGAAUUGGCUAAAAGUAUCGAACAGCCACUGUUGUUUAUCAACAUGGAAGCCUUUCAAACUGCCCCCAAUUUAAAAGCCAUGAAACGCUUUACUAUGGAUGCGGAUCACACUGAGCGUCGUGUUGUCACUUUAAAAGGAAGCGUCCACAAGAACCAAGUUGACCUCCCAUUUUUAUUGCCUUUGUACCUGAGACGCUUGACAGGAUCUCAUUCGGCCAUUGACCCCGUCUUGGCUAUGGAAUUGAAUAACCGUAUCUCAAUGCUCUAUCUGCGCAAACAUUUGGGCCAUCCAGUGGAUGAGGAACAUUCGAAGCUGGUGGAAAAACAUACCGAAUGGUUCUACGAAGGAAUUCCCUAGUCAAAUCAGCCAAACGAAAGCCGUUGUGAUGACGAAAAGAUCCGACGCAGUCACACUUUCGUUACCUAGAAUAGAUGAAAUUGUUUCUUUUGCAAUAAUGAAAUGGCUUUCGCAACCCUA